AUGAGUCUGAGCGACACUGGUCGUCGCGUCGCUGUCAUCGGCGCUGGUGCUUCUGGAGUGGCUGCUGCGGCCCAUCUUCUGGCUGAAGGCCUCAAUGUGACGGUAUUCGAGAAAGGACCUGUGACCGGGGGCGUCUGGGUGUUCGAAUCGCACCUUCCGCCAGAACCAUCCUAUCCGACCGUGAAAGCGUCGCUGGCAGAGACAGAAUUUUAUGGCCACCCAGAGAACGACGAGCCAUACAUUCGGCAUCAUGCACCCGGAGCUUGUUAUGAAAAUCUCAGGACGAAUGCCCCUACACCAUUGAUAGAGAUGAGCCUGAACCCUUGGAAACCAGAUACAGAGUUGUACGCAAGACAUUCUGUCGUGGCAGACUACAUUCAAGAGACAGCCGCCAGGACCGGGGUGCACAGGACAAUACUCCACCAUACGAAAGUCGAGUCUGUCACCAAACGUGAAGAGCAAAGUGGAUGGAAAGUCCAUACUUCGACCUGGGGCACAGCCAAAGGAGUGCUGCUGAAAAACUGGGUAGGUUCAGAAUCCCCGACGUUCGAUGCAGUCGUUGUAGCUACGGGACACUACCAUGCCCCUUACAUUCCCGAUAUACCUGGCUUAGCACAUUGGAAACAGGCAUGGCCAAACCGAAUUCAGCACUCGAAAGGAUACCGAUCCAACAAAGGAUUCCAAGAUCAGGUCGUCCUCCUCAUCGGAGCUGGGGCCUCGGCCGUUGACAUUGCCAACGAAUUGGGUCCCUGUACAAAGAGAAUCUGGCAGUCGACGAGAGGCAGCAGUACCGAUCACUCACUUGACAUGCUACCUGCGAACGCUACACGUGUUGCUGAAAUCGCCUCCUUUGGGCCUUUGAGGAAUGACGCCUCGACCUGGGCCGGCGCAAUUCCAGGCGCGGUCACACUGGUGGAUGGCCAAAUCCUCGAAGGUAUCGACAGAGUUGUCCUGUGUACGGGAUACCUCUAUUCCCUCCCCUUCUUGGCCAGAUACCACCGCGAUGAUUUGUCGGCCGUAAAUGCAGACUCGAAGGUCCUUGUUACUGAUGGUUCACAAAUCCACAACCUACAUAAGGACAUCUUCUAUAUUCCAGAUCCCACACUUGCGUUCGUGGGAGUUCCGGUUGAUGUCGCCAGCUUUUCUUUGUUUGAAUUCCAAGCCAUGGCCAUUGCCGCCGUGCUCUCGGGACAAACGACACUCCCCUCGGAAGACACGAUGAGGGCAGAGUACGAUGAGAGAGUCAAAGAGCGUGGCCACGGGAAGCGAUUUCACAGCUUGUUGAAGAAGGACGUGGCAUACGCCGCAGAACUGAUGGAAUGGGUGAAUCGGGGAAGGCAGCCGACCCGAAUGAAGAGCAGUGGAUAUUCGAGGGAGUGGCUAGAUCGUCGUGCAACAUUUAUCGAGAAGUACAAAGGGAAAGGGGCCCAUUUGAAGAUAGAAGAUACCUAUCCGAAGUUAGAAGGUCAAGCAGCUUGA